AUGAUUAUUUUUGUAUUGCUUUUAAUAUAGGUUAGUAUAAGCAAAAGAGUGUCAUAUUCAUGUGUAUCAGAAUAUUUUUGGACAGGAUAAACUUGUUUACCUUGUGAGAAGGGUUGUAAGUGUAGUUCUUAUAUGGGAUGUGAUGGAAAUUUAUAAUGUUAAGAUGGAUGGGUAUUUUAAGAGGAAGGAGAGAAGAAAUGUGUAGAAUGUCCAAAAGGAUGUAGUACAUGCAUAUUAAAAGGGAUAAAUGGAUUUAUUUGUAAUAAAUGUUAAACAGGAUAUUAACUGAUAGGUAAUAAGAUGUAAUAUAAUAAUAGCGAAUAUCUGUGUACCAUUGAGUUUUAAUAUAAGGUUAGGGAAUGUAAAGUUCUUUGGAUUUGGAUUGUGGGGGAUUCCUUAUUGGUCAAUUUCUUUAGACAAUUUACCAUAAGGAAUUGAAGAGGCCUAUUCUACAUUAGAUUGUAUAGAAAGAGAUCAAUCUACAACAUUUUGUUUGAAAUGUCCAGAUGGUUCAUGGUUAAAUGAAGUAAUGUAAUGUGAGAAAUGCGGACCUGGUUGUUCAGUAUGUAAUUCUAGAGGAACUUGUGUAGAAUGUGAGAGUGGAUAUUAUUGGGGUGAAUAAUAAGGUUAAUAUAAUGAAUACAAUGCGUAUUUCAAUGGAGCAGCAAAAUGCAUAUAAUGUAAUAUUGAAUAUGCAAAGGCAUGUGAUGGGAAAUAGGUUUUCAGUUGUAUGGAUGGAACUUAUUUAUAAAAUUCAAUAUGUGUAGAUUGUUUAAAUCAAUGUUAAACAUGUAUUGAUGGUAAUUCAUGUAUCACAUGCAAGUAAGCAUAUUACUUUUAGAACAAUUAAUGCUAAUUUUGUAUUGGCAAUAGUGAUACAAAUAUCAGCUGUUUAGAAUGUUCAAAUGAUACUGAAUGUAGUAAAUGCUCUGAUUCUUAUAUGUUAAUAAACUCCUAGUGUUAUUUAAUUCCUUAAGAUCCAGGCUGUGAAACUUUUAGAGCAAAAGGUAAUAAUUAAGUUGUAUGUGAUGUUUGUUUAAAUGGAUUUUAUUUGUAUUAAGGUGUUUGUUAUUCUUGUAUGGAUUAGAAUGAAUUAUAUGAAUUAUGUACUAAUUUGGAUGAAUCUGGAUAAUCUCCAUCGAUCUAUCCAACUUAAUGUUUCACUAAUAUAGCAGAUCCAAUUAGUACAGAAAAUUACUUUCUCAUUUAAUAAACUGAUUAAGAAAUCAAAACUAAUUUAUGUGUUUUAAAUAAUAAUGGAUGCAUAAGAAUGGUUGAUUCAAGUGGGUUAUGUUCAUAAUGUGCUGAUCAUUACACUUUAAAUAAUGGCAUUUGUUAUUCAUGUUCAACUAUCUAAAAUUGUUUAGAAUGUUCUUAUAGCAAUGGACUUUACUGUACUCAGUGUAUAUAAUCUAACUACAUAAGCAAUAAUGUAUGCAUUCCAUGUAUUAAUGGAUGUGAUGUUUGCUCUUAAUAAAAUUCUUGUGAUUAAUGUCUUCCAGGAUAUUACUAUAAUUCACAACAAUAGUGUAUUAAAUGUUCUGUUGAUAACUGCUUAUCAUGUCCUAAUGAUAUAUGCAACAAUUGCUCACCUUAAUUCUUUCUUUAUUCCAAUACUUGUUAGUUGUGUCCACCAGGCUGUUCCAAUUGUCAAGGAACUUUAGGCAGAGAAUGUAUUUCCUGUCUUAAUGGAUUCUAUUUGAAUGUAUACAAAAUUAUCUAACAGUUUAGAAUAAUGGUUGUUAUCCAGGAACCUAAUAUUGUGCUCAAUAUAAUAAUGAUGGAACUUGUUAACAAUGUAUUUAUGGAGCAUAUGUGGCUAAUAAUCAAGAAUGUCUACCAUGUAUUUCACUUGGAGCUGGAGUAAAAAUAUUCCUUUCUAUCUUAUUUAGUAUGUCUGUGGAUAAAAUGCAAAUGUCUAGUGCUUUUUAGAACUAUUACAUUUCACUGUUUUAUUUAUGUUAUUUUUGUUUCAGUGA